AUGAUAUCAGGAGAUCCAGACGAUUUUCAAGAAGAAGACCCCGAGUCUGUCAAAUACCUAGACAUCAACCGCGACUUCAACGCCUACUUCACCCAUCCAUAUCUGAAGCAGUUCUCCGCAAUCGUCGAGCGCGGUGGAGAAGGAGACAUCAUCGAGUUCGAAGUCGACGACAACCCUGCUCUCGAAUACUUUGCCCGUAACGGCAUCACUCAUUUCGGCCAUUACACCUGUGACUACGAAACGGGUUACGUCGAAAACGACGACAACGAGGCUAUCUUUGCCAGAGGCAAGAUUGUCGUCUCGAUCAGCGCAAAUGGAGAGGUGGAGGUCUCUGGUGAAGCAGAAUGCGACGAUGCCUCGUACGACGAGGGCAGCUGGGAUUGGUUUGGAAGAAUGGAAGCGCAGAUCGAGGAUUGGGUCGAUAACGAUGAGCUGGGAUUGAUCAGCUGGCAGCUCAUGGCUCAUAUCAAUGCACAGCUCGAGGCGGAAAUCGAAGACCUUCGCGCCCGCUCGGGACCUGACGAAGAGGACGAGUCUGAGGCCCAGGACGAGGAAGACGAGGACGAAGAUGAGGUCGAGGAGAGCGAGGAUAACAGGUAUCAGCAGGAAACUGACUCGGGCGACUCCGAGGACGAAGAUGAGGCAUGA